GGAUGACGCUUCGCUUCACCUCUACCAGUUCGUCUUCUCCAAUUGAAAAGCAAAGAAACCGAGUAUUCAAGGAGCUAGCUCAGGCUUAUGAGGUUCUCAGCGAAGCGGAGAAGCGUGAGAUCUAUGAUCUGUACGGUGAGGAUGCGCUCAAGGAAGGAAUGGGUGGUGGAGGCGGUGGUCAUGACCCCUUUGAUAUCUUCUCCUCUUUCUUUGGUGGUGGUGGUGGUGGACAGCCUUUCGGAGGUGGCAGGAGCCGUGGAAAGAGGCAGAGGCGUGGUGAAGAUGUUGUUCACCCUCUGAAGGUUUCCCUUGAGGAUCUUUAUCUCGGGACAACGAAGAAGCUCUCGCUUUCUAGGAAGGCUUUGUGCUCAAAGUGUAACGGCGAAGAUGAUAUUCACAAAAGCAUCAAAUAUAAUGUGUGGUCCAGUACCUCUAAUGGCAACAAGAAGCUUAACGCUGCGUAUAACAAAGCAGCGGGAGACAAGUCCUCCUGCCCUGUUUUUCUCAUCUUCUCUGUAAACACAAGUGGGCAGUUUGUUGGUUUAGCGGAGAUGGUAUGACCAGUUGAUUAGAACCAGAUGGCGGAGUGCUGGCAGCAGGACAAGUGGGUUGGUUGCUUCCCUGUUAAGUGUCACAUCGUUAAAGAUAUUCCGAAUAGUUCCUUGAGGCAUAUUACGCUUGAGAAUGAUGAGAACAAGCCUGUUACUAAUAGCCGUGAUACACAGGAGGUAAAGAUAGAGCAAGGAGUCAAAGUAAUCAAAUUUUUUAAGGAACAUGUGAGCAAGACAUGCAUACAAGACAUGCAUACUCAAUGAUUUUGUCUUCUAUGAGAAUUGUGAAAAUAUAAUCAAAGACUGGGAAAAAGAAACACCAGCUGUAUAAAAGACAGCAAUCUUUUACUGCCAGUGACAAAAAGGCAACACCAAAAGACAAAUCUAAGGAAACCAGUGUGAUAGCAGAAGUGGCUGAAGAGAUAUCACCAAAAGGUGUUGCAGAAGUUGCGAGCACAUGCUGAAUCGCAUGCUGAGUGCAGGAGCAAGCUGCUUACUUUACUUUGGAUGUUUUUUUUUUAUCUGUUUUCUCCACCAAAUUUGCUCACUCUUUUCUUAGGAGUUUGGUUUCUUUUGGUAGUUGGUUUUUUGAAGUUGUAGAAGAUAUAUGAGUAAAAAUGAUGUCGAAGGCUAUAUAUAUAUUUCUUUUUCUUAAAAGUUCAAUGCAAAAAUAUAUUUUUUGUAUGUU